GCCUUCUUCCAUACUAUUCAAGAUAGAUUUUUUAAGAGAGAGACAAUAUUCAAGAACAUUAAUUUAUUAUUUUGGGUGAAAUAGAAUUUAUUAUAAAAUCAGCCGAAAAUUGGCAACGACUCCCAGUAUCGUUCCACCCUUCUCGUUCACCAACCAGUUGCAGGUUGCAGCAUCAACAAUUCUGCAAAUCAACUGGGUUAAGCUUAAACUAGAACCCCAUUACUAUUUCUUCGCGCCAUCUUUCUAUCUCAUCAAUCGUCAUCCCAUCAUUAUCCUUGAAGAACACUCUCAAUCGAUUCGGUCAACCGCAAUCAUCGACUUUCACUGUGUUUUUUUAUCAUCUGAAAUUUCAAUUUUUGAUUUGGGUCUUGGUUAGGGAGUUGGUGAUAUGCUUGUGGUGGGGGCGAAUCAUAUGGAGUUACAUUGAUUCUGCAAUCAAGCUUGGUUGCUGAUCAUAAUGCUGGUUUUAUCCGGAAGUACUGGUGAUUUGCUGCAAGUAAACUGUACUGAUGAGGACAAACUUUCAUUUGAUUCUACAAUUCGAUCCAGCAUACACUGCUCCACCAUGGGCUGUUCUUAUUGCAGGCGCCUUUGUGAUUUUAACCCUAUGCCUUUCAUUAUACCUUGUAUUUGAGCACCUUUCUACUUACAAGAAUCCAGAGGAGCAGAAGUUUCUGAUUGGAGUCAUCUUAAUGGUUCCAUGUUAUUCUAUUGAAUCGUUUUUUUCAUUGAUGAAGCCUUCAAUAAGUGUUGAUGUUGAGAUAUUACGUGAUUGCUAUGAAUCUUUUGCGAUGUAUUGCUUUGGCAGAUACCUUGUGGCCUGUUUGGGCGGUGAAGAGCGGACAGUUGAAUUCUUGGAAAGGGAAGGACGUGAAGCUUCAAAAAUGCCUUUGUUAGAGCAUGGUUCAGAAAAGGGGAUUGUAAAGCAUCACUUUCCAAUGAAUCUUUUCUUUAAACCAUGGAAACUUGGUCAAUGGUUGUACCAAGUAAUCAAGACCGGAAUUGUUCAGUAUAUGAUAAUUAAAUCACUGACUGCUAUAAUAGCUGUAAUUCUUGAAGCCUAUGAUGUCUAUUGUGACGGGGACUUCAAGUUGACUUGUGGGUACCCUUACAUGGCAGUAGUCCUGAAUUUCAGUCAGACAUGGGCCUUGUAUUGCCUGGUGCAAUUUUAUACAGUUGCAAAGGAUGAGUUAGCUCACAUACAACCACUGGCCAAAUUUCUGACAUUUAAGUCCAUUGUGUUUCUGACGUGGUGGCAAGGGAUUGCCAUUGCUAUUCUUUAUGAUCUUGGCCUGUUUAAAAGCCCUAUAGCUCAAGCAUUGCAGUUUAAAUCAAGCGUUCAGGCCUUAAUUAUAUGCAUAGAGAUGGGUAUUGCUUCUGUCGUUCAUCUGUAUGUGUUUCCAGCAAAACCAUAUGAACUAAUGGAAGACUUUUUUCCUGGGAAUGUUGCUGUUCUUGGAGAUUAUGUCUCAGCUGACUGUCCUGUGGAUCCUGAUGAGGUUAGGGAUAGUGAACGCCGCACAAAAAUGCGUGUUCCACAACCUGACCUUUCUUCUAAGAGUGGGAUGACCCUUGGCCAAAGUGUCAGGGAUGUCUUUCUUGGUGGUAGUGGAUAUAUUGUUGAAGAUUUGAAGUUUACAGUUAAUCGGACAGUGGAACCUAUGGAGAAGGGAAUUACAAAGUUCAACGAGAAAAUACAUGCAAUAUCUCAGAAUAUCAAAAAACGUGACAAAGAUAAGAGAAAAACAAAGGAUGACAGCUGCAUCACAUCACCACCAAGGAGAGUGAUUCAUGGAAUUGAUGACCCACUUUUAAAUGGUAGUGUGAGUGAUAGUGCGACCUCGAAAGGAAGAAAGCAGAAGCACCUUAAAAAAUCAGGUUAUACAAGCGAAAGUGGUGGUGAGAGUAGUAGUGAUCAUGGUGGAUACAUGAUCCAUGGUCGUAGAUGGGUCAUAAAAGAGUAGUUCAGAUAAAUUUUGAAGAAUGCACAAUAUUCAUGCCUUAUACGCGUCACAAAUCUGCAUUGUGCUUGCCAUUCAUGAUUUUUGCUCCAGUGUGAAGCCUCAUUAUUUCCAGCUCGUUAACUGUUGCCAGGGCCGGGCACAACAUUGGAGAUGAGUCUACAACACGGUUAAUUCAUCAGAGUCUUGUGUUUCGGGAUUCCCUGGCUAAUGUAUUGCUGCAGUGAUUUUACAGGACUGUAUUAGAUAUUAGCUUCUCUUUCACCUCGUCCCCUUCCUUUUGCUGUUAUGGGCAAUUGGGAGGGAGGGAUGUGAAAAGAAUGAUGUAUAGAGCUUCCAUAAAUCAUUUGGGUUACAGAAGUUGGAACUUCUGAAUCACAUUACUUGACAAAGAAUUCUGUGUAUAUGAUAAAUAUUUAUAUUUUGUCCAAUUUUGUGGACUUCAUAAGGCAACAUACUGCCAAGAAUGGCUACAUGAUUAAACUUCAAA